AUGGACAUAAAUACACUUAUUAACUUUGAACCUGAUGAUGAAUUAUUUUCUGAUAGUAUAAUAAAAGAUUUAAGCUCUGAAGAUAAUGUUUCAAUUAGUGAUUUUCAAAAUGAAAUCGAUGUUUUUGAAGAAAGUAUUAAUAAAUAUGAUAACCAUUUAUCAACAAGCCAAAUGAAUCAAGAAAUAUAUAUGAUUACUGAACAAUUAAGAGUUAAAGAAAUUAUUCAUACUGUUUUAUCUAUGGAAUAUCCACCUAUCUCAGAAGAUAGAAUUGCUAUUAUUUAUAAUAUUGAAACAUGGAAUAGUUUUGAAGCAUAUAAACUUGGAAAACCAUGUGGUGGUGGUGAUGCUAUUAUUUAUUGUUCUUUUCUUGAAAUCUCUGUUAAACGAUCAUAUUAUACAUGUCAAGGUAUAAAAGUUUGUGAAAACUUAGAUCCAAAUAUUAAAAACAAAUUUCAUUCUGAAGUAGACAUGGAUAAUGAUCUUGUACAAAAAUAUUUAGCAUUACAUAAUACCGAUCUAGUUUGUCCAUUUAAUAAUGAAAAUUGUAAUGGAAAUUUAGUAGUUAAAAAAUUAUCUAAACUAAAUCAAAAUUCAAAUGAAGUUUGGUUUAUUGGAUGCUCAAGAUGGAAAUCUAAAGAAUCACAUCUUUUUCAUCGACUUAAAGAUGAAAUUGAUUCUUAUUUAUUAAAAAAAUUAUUAGAUGAAGAAUUAAAUUUACAAUCUAGUGAAGAUAAUUUAUGUAAUAUUAUAUUUUCUUCAAAUUCAAGAAGAAAAUUAUGUGGAUUUUUACAUAAAAAUUCCGAUAAUAGCUUUCAAGAAGGAAAAAUUAUAAAGAUGAAUUGUGGAGUAAAAUUUCAUAAAAUUAUCCCAUUUGAUUUAAAAAAAACACCAUAUAUUAUAUUAGUUUGUAAAGGAAUCCAUUCGCAUCCUCCACCUCCACCUCAAGAAGUUCCUUUAGAUAUAAUGAAUAAAUUAAAAACAUUAAUUAAAUCAUCUUCUGAACAAUUUGUGGAUAUUACUGUAAGAAAAUUAAUUAGUAAUAAUUUGAUUAAAGCUGUCUUUGGUAAAGAUUAUCUUUCUGAAGUUCAUGCGUCAUUAAAUAAUAUGGAUAAACUUAGAAGAUUAGUUGCUAAAGUUCAAAAAUCAAAACACCCAUAUGGUCAAGGUAUAUUAGGUUUGACAUAUAAUAUUUGGUCUGCUGCUUUUGGAAAUAGACAUAUUAUGGUUAUAUUUCAAGGUGAUAUAAAUGAAUUCGAAAUUAAUUGUUAUGAUAAGAAUUAUAAAAUCACACUUACAUAUGCUAGAGUAUUUACAAAUAUUAUGAAUACUAAUGCUUAUGAACAAAUGUUUCAAGCAUUUUUUAAUUGGAUAUAUAAUUUAACAAAUGAAAAUCCAAAAUUUUAUCAUAUACAUAAAGAAGGCUGGAAAUGUAUUAUUGGCGAUCUGGAUCAAGCCCAAGCUAAAGGAUUAGGAAUUGCUUUAAAUAAAUUAGAAAAAUCUUUAAAUUGGGAAGAACAUCUAUUACAUAUUUUUAAAAUUAAAUCAAAAGGCAAAUCUAAGCAAGUAACUAUAUUACCUACUGAAGAAAAAAAAGUGAAGAAACAAAAUAUUGAAAUUGAUCUUACUGAAGAUUCUUCUAGUAAAUUUGUAAAUGAAAAAGAAUAUGAAUUAGCUCUUAAAGAACGAGAAUUAGCAAUUAGAGAAAAAGAAUUGCAGUUAGAAAGAGAAAGUUUAGAAUUAGCAAAGUUGCGAAGAGAACUUAGUCUUAACAAGCUUAAUGAUUAA